AACCCGUCUACAUCUAAUCAAACCCGCCACGUUCACCUCACUUCUGCCGUCAUGAGGGCUAAGCUGGAGAUCCUGGCUCUGGUUCUGGGCACCAUCGGUCUGGUGGGGACCAUCGCGGUGACCGCCAUGCCCAUGUGGAAGGUGACGGCGUACAUCGGGUCCAACCUCAUCGUGAUGGAGACCCUGUGGGAGGGGUUAUGGAUGGCCUGUAUACGCCAGGCGGACAUCAACAUGCAAUGCAAAGUCUAUGACUCUCUGCUCAUCCUGCCGGCGGACAUCCAGGCGGCCCGCGGGCUCAUGUGCGCCUCCAUCACUCUCGCCGUCCUGGCCGUCCUGGUGUCCGUCUGCGGGAUGAGAGGCACGGACUGCUGCCAUGAUGACUCCAGGGGCAAGAACGUGAUCCUGCUGGUGGGUGGGUGUCUGUUCGUGGUCUCCAGCCUCGCCACUCUUCUUCCGGUCAGCUGGUCCACAAACACCAUCGUCAGAGACUUUUACAACCCGUUGGUGUUGGAGGCGCAGAAGCGGGAGAUCGGACAGGCGCUGUAUGUGGGCUUCGCCACGUUCUUGCUCCUCCUGAUCGCGGGGGUGAUACUGCUGUGUCGUUACGGCCCCCGUCACAGAAAAGACGAGGAGGAGAAGAAACCAUACUUCACAGUGGAAGAGGACAAGGCUGGGAUGAGAAUGAUGGGACGGACACCCUCUUCAGACACGUACCGGCAGAGUCAGUACGUCUGACAGACAGAACUCACUCACGUUUCUUUUUAGUUUUAUUUCUUAGCAAAUUUUGAACUCAAUUUAUGUUUCUUGGCCAUAUGAAUCAAUGUAGUGAAUCCUGGAUAAUUAGAGCAAAUGUUCCUCCGUAACUACAUUAGUGUCUGAUGAUAUGAUUGUAGAUUAUAUUUGCAAACAUUUUGUGUUGUAGUUCUGUUCUUGUAAGCUAAAACUGAAAUUUACCACAAACAUAUGAUUUACUUACUGCUUUUUUUAUUUUAUAUUCAAGAUUAGAAAAUGAAGAAUGAGACUAAUAAGGAUCUCACUGUAAUCUUUAAAAUGUCUGCAUCAUUUGCAAAAAAAGUUGUAUUCCUUUUAUUUAUAAAUAAAUGUAGGACUGUUAAAUAUUAUGGGGAUUGAUUUAUUGUAGCUCUGUGUUUGUAGGAAAAUUAUCAUCUGUCAGUACGUCUGUAAAUAUGAUUUACCCAGCUAUUUCUAUACAUGUCUGAAUUAUGAAAUUGUGAAUGAGAGUAAAAAAGCUGUCGGGGUAAUCUACAAAAAUGCAUUAUUUGUGCCAUAAAAGUUAUAAAUUAUAUAUAAAAAAGUAUUUUUCCCGUUAAUUAUCAAAUAGUCUAUUAUGUAUUCCUAUAACUUUUUACUGUAUCUACCUUUUAUUUUAAAUGCAGUUGCAUCAGUUAUAUUCACUCCAGCGACUGAAGCACACAGGAGAAGAAAACAUGACAUGUCUGUCUGUGUCUGCUGAUUUGCAUCUGACACACUCAAAGCCAUUUACUGUAAGUGAAACUAAAUGUAAACCACACUGACGAUGGACUACUGUUAGAUGGAGGAGAUACCUACUGUGUGUGUGUGUGUGUGU